AACUGGACCGGAACGCAAAGACACACUGGCGCACCCACUGUUUCUGGUUGGGUCGUCUCGGUCCUACCGGGAAUGACAUGAAAUAACCGGGACUUCGAAAGCAGCAAUUAUUAAUUUAUUAAUUAGCAAUUUAUUAACAAUAAAUUCAACGCUCCAGAACGCGAGCGGCCGGUUCAAAUCCUCAGCGUGGCGCCGGUUUGGUCACAGAGGGGAUGGGAGGAGGAGAACCGGGGUUGGGGAGGAAAACGGGGAACACUGGGAGAACCGGGGGACACCGAGCGGACGCGUCAGCUGCUCCUGGUCGUUCAUCACCGUCCUGGAUCUCAUCGGCAGAAGGAAUUAAGGUCAACGGGGGGUGGGUUGGUGGAUUUGAGGGGGGAGGGGGAAGGGGUUGCGGAGCCUCCCCCGGGACCUCUGGAGGCUCCCCUGGACCCCUGAGGGGCGUCCCGGUAUUUUCUGAGCGCUCCCGGUGCCUGCAGAACCCACCAGGUACCUCCAGGCCGCCAUGGUGCUGGGCCCGGAACUGACAUCGUUGUGUAUGGGACGUGACGUCACGCCGACGCCAGUUAACUGAAGCGUUGCCUGGCAACGGCGUUUGUUGUUAGCAACAGCCAAGAUGGCGGCAGGAGUGGCCUGGGUCCCCCAACGGCAGUUCCUGAUGUCCCGCGCGCGGAAUGAGCGCUUCUGGAUCGGCCUCACCGACCGGAAUUCCGAGGGAAACUGGGAAUGGGUCGAUGGCACUGACUACAAAUCCUCCUUCACGUUUUGGCGGGAGGGGGAGCCCAACGACAGCGGGAACAACGAGGAUUGCGCUCACCUCUGGAUCUCCGGGAAGUGGAACGACGUCCACUGCACCUUCGAGUGCUUCUUCGUCUGCGAGCGCCCCCUUGCCCAAAAAUCCCCAUUUUCCCACUAAAAUCCGGGAUCCCCAUUCCCAAUUUUCCCGAUUUUCCCACCCCCUCGCAGGGCUGCGGCACAAAAUUCCAAAAACAACCGGGAUUUUUUUAGGGGAAUAAAAGGAGAUUCCUGCUCUGGUUUGGGUGAA